AAAUCCCCCAGUGAUCUAUUUUGUGAUCAUCUCUCCUGUUUCGGUCGCUUUCAUCUCGGCUUUCCAAGCUCCGUCGCAUUUCGUCAUGGGGAAGUCUCUCUUUUGGAGUCUGCCGAUACCACAUGCCUAACUUCAGAUGAUUGCAGGAUACAGGCUGCACGCUCAGACAGGGGGGACUUGGAUACAAGCCACACUCGGACUUGUCGGCGUGAAUUAGCAGUUUGUUUCUGACAUAGACAAUUAGACAAGAAGGUGAUGUGGUUUAUGAAUAGACUCGUUUGUGUGUCGUACAGCUGAUGGUUCUGAGUGGACAAUUUAAGGAUUUGUCUACGGCAUUUCCUUCCACAGAGACGGCUUCUGCUUGCAUUUUUUAUUUGAUUUAUUUUUUAUUAAACCAUGGAGCUAAAGGGCAAAGCGAUUGAUGAUUCUUUGCAUGCAUGUACAUUUUGAUAAAAAAGGACGCACUGCCUUUUCCCCUCUUCCUUCAAAUGUGUUUGCAUUUUUCACUUUUUUUGAUGGAGAGUGGGUUGCCAUCUCCUUUUUCAUGUUGAUUUUGCUUUAUUUUUGCAUUUAUUGUGUGGCGGUAUUUUGAGACUGGCAUGCUUUUGAAGCCAACCGUACCGGGACUGUGCGCGAUGUUGCAGACGAUCUAUGAGACCGAAUCCUGCUUUUCUUCAGACAGCACGUCCAGCAGAGAGCGACCCGUGGAGCUGCUUCCUCAAUCCAGAAGCACCAGCAUGCCUAGCACUGCCGUGGAUGUGAAGACUUUGUUACCAUCUGGGAUGCAGAGCCCGGUGGGAAGUGGAGGAGAUCAGGGCGGAGGUAGCGGAGGGCCGGUGGACCUGCGUACAGACCCUCGUCUGAGCACACUAAGCACAGUGGACCCGGCGAUGAGAGAGAAACAGCUUCAGCACGAGCUGCUCUUACUCAAACAACAGCAAGAGCUCCAGAAGCAGCUGCUGUUCGCCGAGUUCCAGAAGCAGCACGAGGUUUUGACACGCCAACAUGAAGUGCAGCUACAGGAGCAUCUUAAGCAACAGCAGGAGAUCCUUGCAGCAAAGCGUCAACAGGAGCUGGAGCAGAAGAGGAAGUUGGAACAGCAGCGUCACGAAGAGAUGGAGAAGCAGAGACUGGAACAACAACUGCUCAUGUUACGGAACAAAGAGAAGGGCAAAGAGAGUGCCAUCGCCAGUACUGAGGUCAAACUGAAGCUGCAGGAGUUCCUGUUGAGCAAAAAGGAACCUGGCCCCGGUGGACUUAACCAUUCCUUCCCCCAGAAGUGCUGGGGGGCUCACCACGCGUCCCUGGAGCAGAGCUCCCCUCCGCAGAGCAACACACCGGGCACACCGCCCUCCUACAAACUCCCACCGCUGUUAGGGUCCUAUGAGGGCAAGGAUGACUUCCCUCUCCGUAAGACCGCCUCUGAGCCCAAUCUGAAGGUACGUUCACGGUUAAAACAGAAGGUGGCUGAGAGGAGAAGCAGCCCACUGCUUAGACGGAAAGAUGGUACUGUGAUCAGCACCUUCAAGAAAAGGGCAAUUGAGAUCUCAGUGUCCUCUAUGUGCAGCAGUGCCCCUGGCUCGGGUCCCAGUUCUCCGAACAGCUCUAACUGUGCCAUUGCAGAGAAUGGCUCCAGCGGAUCCGUCCCAAACAUCCACGCUGAGCAGUUGCGUUCUCUGCAUCAGUCUUUGACUGGGGAUGGGACACCAAGUCCCCUGAGUCUCUACACCUCUCCAUCUCUGCCCAACAUCUCUCUGGGACUGCCUGCCAACGCACACAUCACGGCCCCCCAGAAACUCAGUCCCCAGCAGGAGGCAGAGCGGCAGACAAUCCAGAGUCUGCGUCAAGGUGGGGCACUGACAGGGAAGUUCAUCAGCACAUCGUCCCUACCGACGUGCCUUCCCACCGGGGCAUCCCAUGACCCUGAGCCCCCUUCCGCCUCUAAUAGCCACAGUAGCCAUUCCUCGCUGCUCCAGCACGUCCUACUCUUGGAGCAGGCUCGUCAACAGAGUGCACUUCUCGCAGUUCCCAUGUACGGACAGUCUCCGCUGGUAACGGGUGAGCGAGUGUCCAACAGCAUGCGUACAGUAAAUAAGUUGCCUAGGCACCGACCGCUGAGCCGUACUCAGUCAGCGCCCCUGCCGCAAACACCACAGGCCCUGCAGCACCUCGUAAUGCAACAGCAGCAUCAGCACUUCCUUGAGAAACAGAAACACUACCAGCUACAUAAGGUAGAGGGAGCUCUGAUGAUCCUCUCCAAAGGGGUGGAGCUUCCACGACAGCCUCCCACUCACCCAGAGGAGACGGAGGAGGAGCUUACGGAAACCACAGAAAUGCAAGACGAGCGAGGGGAGGGGGCUGAUCAUGUAAGGGAGGGGCUACAGAAAGAGAGCUCUGGUGAGACCACACCCCCUUCGGAACAUCUGGUCCAGUUUAAGGGAGAAAGCACAGAAAGUGACUUGGAGGAAGAAGAUGAUGAUGAUGAAGCCAUUGAACUAAGGGAAUGUGAUGAAGAGGGCGCUCCCUAUGGCCAGUAUUUGGACCAGCAGCAUGUGCAGCAACUGAAUGUGUUCCAGGCUUCCCUGUCCAUCACGGGAAUGCCCCACAGACCCCUGGGAAGGGCACAGUCGUCGCCCGUCACUUCUAGUCUUAAAGCAGCACCCCUGAACGAGGUGCCCAUUAAGCACCUCUUCACAACAGGGCUGGUGUACGACACCUUCAUGCUAAAGCACCAGUGCAUGUGUGGGAACACACACAUCCAUCCCGAACACGCCGGUCGCAUUCAGAGUGUUUGGUCUAGGCUGCAGGAAACGGGCCUGCUUGGUCGCUGUGAGAGGAUCAGGGGAAGGAAGGCCACACUAGAUGAAAUCCAAACCGUUCAUUCUGAGUACCACACGCUGCUCUACGGCACCAGUCCACUGAACCGACAGAAACUGGACAGCAAGAAACUUUUAGGCCCAAUAAGUCAGAAAAUGUACGCUGUCCUACCGUGUGGAGGCAUUGGGGUGGACAGCGACACAGUGUGGAACGAGAUGCACUCGUCAGGUGCCGUCCGUAUGGCGGUGGGCUGCGUCAUUGAGCUGGCCUUUAAAGUUGCUGCUGGGGAGCUGAAGAACGGUUUUGCGGUGGUGCGUCCUCCUGGUCAUCAUGCUGAAGAAUCCACUGCCAUGGGUUUUUGUUUCUUCAACUCAGUGGCCAUCACUGCCAAACUCCUGCAGCAGAAACUCGGGGUGGGCAAGAUCCUAAUCAUAGACUGGGAUAUUCACCAUGGAAACGGGACCCAGCAGGCUUUUUAUAAUGACCCCAAUGUGCUGUACAUUUCCUUGCACCGUUAUGACGAUGGCAACUUUUUCCCAGGCAGUGGCGCUCCUGUGGAGGUAGGUGUGGGUCCCGGAGAGGGCUUUAACGUCAACAUUGCCUGGACCGGCGGAGUGGAGCCACCUAUGGGUGAUGUGGAGUAUCUGACUGCCUUCAGAACGGUGGUGAUGCCCAUAGCCAAUGAGUUCUCCCCAGAUGUGGUGCUAGUGUCAGCUGGCUUUGAUGCAGUGGAGGGCCACCAGUCCCCCCUCGGUGGAUACAACGUCACCGCCAAAUGUUUCGGCCAUCUCACUAAGCAGUUGAUGAAGUUGGCUGGCGGCCGUGUGGUUUUGGCACUGGAAGGAGGUCACGACCUUACCGCCAUAUGUGACGCAUCUGAAUCCUGCGUGGCUGCAUUGCUUGGAGACGAGUUGGAUCCUCUGCCACUGAUGGUACUUCAACAGAAACCGUGUCCAAAAGCAACAGCCUCUCUAGAGAGGGUCAUUGAGAUUCAGAGUAAACACUGGACGUCUCUGCAGAGGUUGGCUCCUACAGUGGGUCAAUCUCUCCUGGACGCUCAGAGGCGAGAGAAGGACGAGGCAGACACUUUGACCGCCAUGGCCUCUCUCACAGUGGACAACGAUCAGCAAACGACUUCCACAGAAACCAGCAGAUCUGCAGAGGAGCCAAUGGAGGAGGAGCCCGUGUUGUAGAAGAGCGAGUAAAGUACAUCACUGCUCCAACCUUCUUGUUCACGUGUGCUUGGCACUGGCCACCCUGACGUCACGCCUCAUGUUCCUCCUCCCAGCUCUUUGAUUGGUUCCCUCGGUCCUUCACUCAUUUCCAGGUGCUUGACUGACAUGUUCAAGGCCCACCCACUUUCGCUUUUCUGAGGUAAAGCAUAGCAAACUGUUGCCGAAAGGGGACGACAAAGGCAUUAUGGGUAAUUGCAGGACCACUCAGUGAGGGUUGCUCAGCUGGAUAGGCCGAACAAUGGAGUACUCUUCAGAGAAAUGCCUUCGAUUUCAAUUAAGCAUUGUAUUGAACUGGGGACGUAAAGAAGAAAAUGCAACAAAAAAAAAAGUAGAGGAGGAGGAAGGGAAAAACGACACGACAGCAUGUGGAUGUUGUUGCUCGGAGGGCCGCGAAAUAAGCUUUGUUUUCUGUACAAAGUAUAAGAAAUGUACAAAGUUCCAAAAAAAGCCAACAAGCAGCAAAAAUACUUCAGCACAAAACACACAUAUACACUCAUUCACAAACGAACAUGGUUCCCAAAAGAGGAACCAGAUGUUCGGGUCGUGACAAAACACCUUUUGCAGACAAGUAUACUCGUUUACACUGUACCGUGUCGAUUAUUUGGUAUACUUUUGCAUCUGUAUAAUAACCUGUUGUGAAAAGCACACAAACAUAUGAGAAAUAUAAAUAUAUAUAUAAAUAUACAUACAUACAUAUAAGCAUAUGUGUUUUGUGUGUACCGUAUACACAAUUGAACACUGAAAAAUAUAUAAAUACUUUAUAUCUCCUUUAUGAAACGUUUUCUUAUCAGCUGUGGUUGUACAUACAGUAAAAGAGCCUGCAGACUUUUAUCUGGAAGUGGAAGAACGAUGGUUAGCCUUUUUUUCCCAGAAGCAUUUCUUUUCUUUCAGAGAAAACUGUACUUUUUUUGGAAUAUACGGCUUUGCUAUAACAUGCUCGCACAUAAAC